GCAAGUGAUGCAGGCGGAAACCUGACCGAACGUUCAAGGUAACGUCGCGACCGACCCUCAACUAAAGGGCGAGGAGAAGCUGACAUAAGGAUCUUCGCCGUUGACAACGAGUCGCUCCCGCCCUUGGCUGGCGCCGAAACGAGCGCCGAACUAAGCACGAUGGCAAUUGCAGCGACAAUUAGCCUAGCUACCCACCGAAUGACCGCACGUAAUUUCCCGAUCAUGCCGGAUCGUCCUCAGUACUCCGGCGCUGGUAUGGAUUUCACGACCUCGCGCGUUGCCCGCAUUCCUACAACUGAAGAGGCGCUCCAGAAACUCGCCGAGCGCGGCAGGGUCAGGGACCAUAGCGUGCCAGGAGCCUUGGUAACUAUUCUCCACCAUGAAGACACGACUCUAGAGGGAUGAAAGGGCGGUGAUACAUAUGACCCAGUCGCAAACGCCAGUACCUGGGGCCAGGCAUAAUGUUCUCUCUCUGAUCAUCCCGCGAGGUGUUGCGUCUCCGUGCCCUCAGUGUUCCAUCUCAUACCUUCUCUCCUACUCAUAUCCUUGUUCAUCCGCUAAGUAGCACCGUAGCGCGCAUGUCCAUGUCCAUGUCCAUGUCAUAGACAGCACGACAUACAUUGUCGGGGGCCUGGUUUGUAGGGCGGAAGGGACGCAUAAUGACGCGUUUGCCAGUGGUCUUGGAGUAGCGGUGGGUCUUGACGGGGAUGAUGGCUAAGAGAGUGGUUGGGAAGAAUCGAUGUUUCCGUUAGCGCUACUGUAGAGACAUCAAAGACGAGGAGAAAGUCGCGCGCUUGUC